UUCCGCGCGCAUGCGUGGUAUCGCAUGGAGGACCUAAUACUAUAGAGCCUGGCAGCGCAGAGCGGCUUAAAAAGGAGCAACUCGUCUUGCGGGAGAUGCGGUGGGGCGCGCAGAUCUCACACAGCGCUGCGCCGAUGGCGGGGCUGCUGGGAGAUUCCAACCGGUGCGUUCCCGCGGCUCGGUAGGGAGUGCCAAAUGGGAGUGACGGAUAGGUGGGAGAGAAACAACGAGAGCUGAAGGAAGGGAGUUAUUGCACUGAGUUGCCAAAUUGUGACAGCCAGCCGUCAUCAGCCAUGAAGUACUUCGGAGUCAAUCCAAAUGUUCUCUCCAAACAUCGUCAUGGAAGAAGCAGCAUUUUGUGGAAUCACAGCUUGUACAUUUUUGUCCUUAUACAACUCUGUGAAAUGUGACAGUGCCAAGAAGUUGCAUCUGGUUUAUACCAAGGAAGCUAAAGAGGUGGCUUGAUCACUGCCUUCAAGUACAAGGGGGGCUGUCUGUUGCUAAUAUUUGGUGCUGCAGAUUGGCAGGUGGGGUGAUAUGAAAGGGGAUGCUCAGCAGCCCUACCCAGCCACAGCUAGAGGAGUCAAAACAGAACAGCUCCAGAAGCCAACUGCUCUAUGGUCUUAUCCACUGAGACGUGCCACAGUCAGCUUGUUCUCCCUCUGGCCCAGAUCUGCUGCAAAUGGAACCGUGUGGAAUGCAGCCUAAAUCCCACUGGAGCAAUUGGGAUGCAGAUGGCAAGGAAAGCUGAAGGGCAUUUGGAUACAUGCUGUCCCAUGGAUGUCUAAAUGGGAGAGAGGGUCUUCUAGAAGCAUGUAAAGGACUCUCGAGGAGACAAGCAUUGGGAAAAAACUGUGUCAGAACAUCUGAAAUGCCUCCUUCAUCAUCCCAGCUUUGGGAGCACUUACUUAACCUAUAUCAGCAUGACUCAAAACAACAUCAGUGUUUGUCUCUGGAGUGAAAAGGAAUAAUGUGCUUUGUUCUGCUGCUUCCUAUUCAAAGAGAUGUCACCAUGAUGAAGCCCUUGAUGGAUUCCUGGAUGAGUCCCACAUGGUGGUGAUGGAUUGCUGCUCUGUGCUGCUGCACGCUCCAGCUGUCUCCAUGGUUCAGUCUGCUGGAGUGACAGAGCCCAUAAAUCACUCUGGAAGAGGAAUUGCACUGGGAAGGAGAAGUUGCUGUAGAGGUGAAAGGUUCUGCAACUGACUGGAAAAGGAGGAGAACAAUGUGCAAAAGAACCUGCAGAUAUCCCAGUGGAUUUCAGGUGCUGGACAUGGACACAGAGGAUGACCCCUUGUUGCAGGACGCCUGGCUGGAUGAGGAGGACGAAGAGGUUGCCUUCAGCUCAAGGAAGAGGCGGGAGGGUGCUCUGUUGUGUGGCAAAAGCUCCUGCAGGGUCAGGCCUCUGCGUGUCACGCUGCCAGUCAGUGGCUUCUGGAAUAUCGUAGGCUGGAUAUUUACCAACCCAUACUGUGCUGGCUUCAUCCUUUUCCUGGGCUGUGCCAUCCCUGCUGUGCUCGCUGUUGUCAUGUUCCUCCACUACCCAGCGCUGGACAUUGAUAUCUCCUACAACGCCUUUGAGAUCCGUAACCACGAGUCCUCGCAGCGCUUCGACGCGCUCGCCUUGGCCCUCAAGUCCCAGUUUGGGUCGUGGGGGAGGAACCGCCGUGACCUGGCUGACUUCACCUCCGAAACCCUGCAGAGGCUCAUCUUUGAGCAGCUCCAACAGCUGCACCUCAACGCUUCCCACCUGCAGGUCAGCACGCGGGCCAAGCGCAGCGCCCCGCAGGGCAGGACUCGCUCCCUUGAGCCCCGUGCCCACCCACACCCAGGCAACGAGACGUCCCGUGUCACGAGGGGAGCCCCACGCUGGGACUACUCCAACACUUACAUCAGUGCCAACACGCAGGCGCACGCGCAUUGGCGCAUUGAGCUCAUCUUUCUGGCCCGGGGGGACUCUGAGAACAACAUCUUCACCACGGAGCGUCUGGUUACCAUCCAUGAGGUUGAACGGAAGAUCAUGGAUCACCCUCGCUUCCGGGAGUUCUGCUGGAAGCCCCACGAGGUCCUGAAGGACCUGCCCUUGGGCUCCUACUCCUACUGUUCCCCUCCCAGCUCCCUCAUGACUUACUUCUUUCCCACGGAGAGAGGAGGGAAGAUUUACUACGAUGGUAUGGGACAAGACCUUGCUGAUAUCCAAGGGUCCUUGGAGCUGGCCAUGACCCACCCCGAGUUCUACUGGUAUGUAGAUGAGGGUUUGUCUGCUGAGAACAAGAAGAGCUCCCUGCUGCGGAGCGAGAUCCUCUUUGGGGCACCACUGCCCAACUACUACUCAGUGGAGGAUCGCUGGGAGGAGCAGCGCCACAAGUUCCAGAACUUUGUUGUCACCUACGUGGCCAUGCUGGCCAAGCAGUCCACGAGCAAAGUCCAGGUGCUGUAUGGAGGGACGGAUUUGUUUGACUAUGAAGUGAGGAGGACAUUCAACAAUGACAUGUUGCUGGCCUUCAUCAGCAGUAGCUGCAUAGCUGUCCUGGUUUACAUCCUUACCUCCUGCUCAGUGUUCCUGUCAUUCUUUGGCAUCGCCAGUAUUGGACUGAGCUGUCUGGUGGCUCUGUUCCUGUACCACGUCGUUUUUGGGAUCCAGUACUUGGGCAUACUCAAUGGUGUGGCUGCCUUUGUCAUUGUGGGGAUUGGGGUUGAUGAUGUCUUUGUGUUCAUCAACACCUACCGCCAAGCCACCCACCUCAAAGACCUGCGGCUGCGCAUGAUCCACACAAUCCAGACAGCAGGGAAGGCCACCUUCUUCACUUCCCUGACCACAGCUGCAGCUUAUGCUGCCAACAUCUUCUCUCAGAUCCCAGCUGUGCAUGACUUUGGACUCUUCAUGUCGCUGAUUGUGUCCUGCUGCUGGGUGGCUGUGCUCUUUACCAUGCCAGCUGCUCUUGGAAUAUGGACUCUUUAUGUGUCCCCACUAGAGAGCUCCUGCCAAACCAGCUGCAGUCAGAAGUGCACCAAGAAGAGGGCUUUGCACCUGGCUGAGGAUCUCUUCGUUGCCUCAGAGGGCGCCUCCAGAGCAGGCCGAGAGACGCUGCCCUACCUCGAUGAUGACAUCCCACUGCUCAGCGUGGAGGAGGAGCCUGUCUCCCUGGAAAUGGGGGAUGUUCCCUUGGUAUCUGUGAUGCCAGAAAAUCUGCAGCUGCCUGUGGAGAAGAGCAACCGAGGUCAUCUGAUAGCUCAUCUCCAGGAGCUUCUGGAGCACUGGGUGCUGUGGUCUGCAGUGAAGAGCAGAUGGGUGAUUGUGGGGCUCUUUCUCCUCGUUUUGCUCCUGUCCAUAUUCUUUGCCAGUCGCCUCCGCCCAGCUAGCCGUGCUCCAGUCCUGUUCCGGCCAGACACCAACAUCCAGGUGCUGCUAGACCUGAAAUACAACCUGAGUGCUGAAGGCAUCUCCUGCAUUACCUGCUCAGGUUUGUUUCAGGAAAAGCCCCACAGUUUGCAGAACAACUUCCGAACAUCCUUGGAGAAAAAGAAGAGAGGCUCUGGCUCACCCUGGGGAAGUAAAGGGAGCAUAACUGAUACAGGGCAGCAAGAUCUGCAGGGGACUGUGUAUAUCUCCAAGUCCAGAAGCAAAGGAAGGCCAGCCAUCUACAGAUUCUCUCUCAAUGCCAGCAUCCCUGCCCCCUGGCAGAUGGUGUCACCGGGAGAUGGAGAGGUGCCUUCAUUCCAGGUGUAUAGAGUGCCUUUCGGUAACUUCACCAGGAAGCUGACAGCUUGUGUGUCCACAGUAGGGCUGCUUAAGCAGACGAGCCCCAGGAAGUGGAUGAUGACUACCUUGUCCUGUGAUAGCAAGAGAGGCUGGAAGUUCGACUUCAGUUUCUACGUGGCCGCCAAGGAGCAGCAGCGAACACGGAAGCUGUAUUUUGCCCAAUCACACAAGCCUCCUUACCAUGGCCGAGUGUGUGUGGCACCUCCUGGUUGUCUCCUCAGCUCCAGCCCAGAUGGACCCACCAAAGGCAUCCUUUAUGUUCCCAGUGACAAAGCACCCAAAGCAAGGCUCUCGGCGACUUCUGGGUUUAAUCCUUGCAUGAACACGGGCUGCGGGAAGCCAGCAGUGCGACCACUGGUGGACACGGGCGCCAUGGUGUUCGUCGUCUUUGGCAUCCGAGGGGUGAAUCGUACCAAGCACUCGGACAACCACGUCAUCGCAGACAUGGGCAGCGUUAUCUACGAUGACAGCUUCGACCUCUUCAAAGAGAUUGGCAACCUGUGUCGCCUCUGCAAAGCCAUCGCCAGCAACACCGAGCUUGUGAAGCCAGGAGGGGCUCAGUGCCUGCCCUCGGGUUAUAGCAUCUCCUCCUUUCUGCAGAUGUUGCACCCUGAGUGCAAGAACAUCCCUGAGCCGAACCUGCUGCCUGGACAGCUCUCUCACGGGGCAGUGGGAGUGAAGGAUGGGAAGGUGCAGUGGAUCUCCAUGGCAUUUGAAUCAACAACCUACAAAGGGAAAUCUUCCUUCCAGACGUAUGCUGAUUAUCUGAAAUGGGAGACAUUCCUGCAGCAGCAACUCCAGCUCUUCCCAGAGGGUUCUGCUCUCCGUCAUGGUUUCCAGACCUGUGAGCACUGGAAGCAGAUCUUCAUGGAGAUAAUAGGAGUGCAGAGUGCCCUGUAUGGUCUCAUCCUUUCGCUGGUUAUUUGUGUGGCUGCAGUGGCAGUGUUCACCACUCACAUCCUCCUCCUGCUGCCAGUGCUGCUCAGCAUUUUAGGUGUGGUCUGCCUGGUGGUGACCAUCAUGUACUGGUCUGGCUGGGAAAUGGGGGCUGUGGAAGCCAUUUCUCUGUCCAUCCUCGUUGGCUCUUCUGUCGAUUACUGCGUGCAUUUGGUGGAGGGCUACCUGCUGGCAGGGGAAAACCUGCCACUGCACCACGCAGAGGACCCCACAGCCUGCCGCCAGUGGAGGACGAUUGAAGCUAUCCGUCACGUGGGCGUAGCAAUCGUCUCGAGUGCUGUCACCACCGUGAUUGCCACCGUCCCGCUCUUCUUCUGCAUCAUUGCCCCUUUCGCCAAGUUUGGGAAGAUCGUGGCCCUCAACACGGCAGUCUCCAUCCUGUACACGCUGACUGUGAGCACAGCCCUGCUGAGCAUCAUGGGGCCCGGCACCUUCACCCGGAGCAGGACUUCCUGCCUCAAGGCUGUGGCAGGGGUGCUUCUCGCUGGCCUGCUGGGUCUAUGCAUCUGCCUUGCCCUGCUAAAGGGUGGAUUUAAGAUCCCUCUCCCUAAUGGGACAGCCCUGUAGACCUCACACCGAGAGCCACACGAUCUGUCCUCUUGCUCCCUUUUCUUUUUUUCUUUCUUUUUUUUUUUAAAGGAUAUUUUUUGUAAGAAAAAAAAAGAGGAAAAAAAAUCCUGUUUUUUCCAGAA